UAAAAAACCAAAAAUGGCAAAUUCAAGCUCUAAUCGAAAAAAAGAAGAAAAUUUAUACCAUUCAUGGAUGAACAAUCAACAAGAAGAACUAAAAGAGCUUCAAAACGCCAUUGUUCGUGCUCGAGAAAACAAGCUAAACGAAGCCGAAUUGAAUGAGCUACUAGGGAAAAUGGUGAACAACUUUCAAGGGUACGUGAACGGCCGUAGUCGACUCGCGAGAGUCGACGUAUCGCCGUUCUUCGCCCCCACUUGGUGCACUCCUUUGGAGAAUUCUGUCUUGUGGAUAGGCGGGUGUAGGCCAUCUUUGUUCAUACGUCUGAUUUACGCGCUAUGCGGAAUCGAAAUCGAGUCUCAUAUCGCCGAGUACCUACAGGGUACAAAAAUUGGCGACUUUGCUCAACUUUCUGGUAAGCAAAUUACCAUGAUUGAUAAGUUGCAGAGACAGAUUAUUGCAGAAGAGAGAAAAUUUUCUUUAAGGUUUGCUAGCUUGCAAGAAGAUGUUGUUGAUCAACCAAUAGCUAUGGCGGCCAGAAUUUACGACACUGAAGGAGGUGAAAAUGAAAUCGAGCCUUUAAAUAAACAUGGUGAGGACAUGACAAGUUUACUAGAAGAAGCUGAUGAGUUGAGGAUGAAGACACUAAAGGAGAUAUUGGGCAUAUUGACACCAAUUCAAGGUGUGGAAUACUUAGCAGCAGCAAAGAGAAUAAGGCUAUGUUUGCAACAAUGGGGAAAGAAGAGGGAACAAGAACAUAAUAAUAAUAAAUUCGCCCAAAUUUCAUCCCGCUCUCACCUCACUAAUAUUAAGUCUCUCGUACCCGUAAUAUUAGACAAUGAGCAAGGCUUGUAUCAUUCUUGGGCUACUCUGUUCAUCAAUCUUGCUAGGGUUUAUGAUCUUUACGAUCAUUUGGUUUCACCCAUGGAAGCGUCGGCUCUGGCUGCCUACACUAUGAUCAAGUCGGCUGAUCCGUCUCUUUGGAAGCCUAUCCUCAAACGCAAUGACACGGCAGAGGGCGCGUGGAACCGUCUUGAAUCUUUUUUUCAAGACAACAAGGCCUCCCGAGCCACCCAUCUCGAAGAGGACUUUACGAACGCUGUUUUUAAAGGUUUCACCUCAAUUGACAGUUAUUGUAAUUAUUUACAAUCUCUGGCAGACAGGUUGGCUGAUGUUGAUGCUCCGGUGACUAAUAAUGGUACGAUGGAUUUUAUACAAAAUCAAGAGUCAUUGCCCCCCUUUGAAAGUUGUCGUUCCAGGUUGAAAAUGGCUGAGCGUACCAUAAAGGCUCGCCAAGCUCGUGAAAAUGGUGUGUCCGUAAGUCGGGCCGAUAGUGCUGUCAUGGUUUUCGUACCUUCUGCCUCUUCGAAUGACUCAUCUGCUAGCAACAAAAGAAACAACAAUAAUAAAAAUAGGAAUAAUUCGAAAUCAAAUGGCAAGAAAAAGGCAGCUCAACAAAGCUCAAGUGGACCCAGUGUAAGUCGGCCGCUACAUCAGCAGCACCAGUGA